AUAUUUCCAAACCAAAAUUGGAAAUCUUUUAUAUUGGAGAAAAAAUUUAGCAGUUGAAGAAACGUGAAGAUGGCAUCAAGCAGGAAAAGAGGUUUCCAUAAAUGGACCAUUGAUUUUGCUGGUUAUCGGAAACUGGACCGCCAGUUGAUGAUACAUCAGAAUACAGAAUUAAAACCACCCUUGGGGUUCAACGAGAACCUAAUCAGUGUUCAGGAUCACAGCAGCAAGGACUCUGACCAGAAACUCAUUGACAAACGGUCGUGGGAAAUAGCGUUGGGACCACUGAAGCAGAUCCCAAUGAAUUUUUUCAUCAUGUGGAUGGCUGGAAACACCAUUUCUAUUUUUCCUAUAAUGAUGGUGGGCAUGAUGUUUUUCAAACCAAUCCAGGCACUCAUCGCAAUCCAGACCACAUUUAAUGUAAUAGAAGGGUCUAAGACAGUCCUACAGAAAUUUGUUUAUCUGAUUGGUAAUGUCGUCUGUCUGGGAUUGGCUGUAUACAAAUGUCAGGUGAUGGGUCUGUUACCUACGCAUUCUUCUGAUUGGCUAGCAUUCGUGGAACCUCAACAGAGGAUGGAAUGGUCAGGUGGUGGCAUUGUGUUAUAAUCUGUGUGGAUGUGUUGUACCAUAGUCACCUGUAUGUGAUUCAGCUACUAAGACCGACACCCACAGACAUGAGUUACGACUGUCAGACAGCCGUCAAGUCUUAGGAAAAUAUCUGGAUCUCAGUAUCUUCUCUCACCUGAAUAUUUUUGUUUUUAAUUUAUAUGACUAUUCCAGAAAAUCUUACACAAUAAUGUUUAUAAAAUGUUUAUCUUUGUCAUUUAUAUAAUGGCAGUUUACAGAUUUAUUAAAUUAAAACCUUCAGUUGAAUACUUUAAAUUUUAUAUCAGUCUUCAUUGUGAAUGCAUUUUGAGUGUAAAUAUGAACAAUAUCUUUGUUACACUUUAAUAUUCCAAGAAUGGGCUGACAAAUAUCACAUGUUUUAUUAUCGCAUUGUAAAACUUUGUCUAAUCAUGUUGGUAAUGUCUAAAUUGUAUGCAAUAAACCAGGUAUAAUGUACACAAAGCAGUUACAUUUUGUGGUAAUUGUUCUCCGAUAUCAAAUUAUUUUAUUAAAAAACUUGUGAAUCAAAUUGCUCUAUAGUUGAAAACCAUAUUGGUAACACAAGUGUUAUUUGAUACAAUGAUGAGCUGAUAUGGAAAACUUACUUGUGCAAUAUUUAAAUAGAGUUUGAUGAAAUUCUGUGUUACAGGUUAAACUGUUUAUCUCACUUGCUGUGGAAAAUAAGUACCACCACAUUGGCAUUCCCAUCAUAGUCUCGGAAAUAUUGGUGAUGUUAAAUAAAAGUAGUAUACAAUGUCAUGUAUUUAUUGAUGCGUGAUAUACAGCAAACAGAGAAAGAAAUUAAAUCAUUCCAAGGCCUUGGUCAUUAGCAUUGUCUCACGCUUGAAACACCUCCCCUCUGUAGAUGUGUGUUAUAAUACACAUAUAUGGACAAUGUGGUUUGGUAUUUGUAUCGAGGGAAUGAAUGUUAUGGAGCAUUAGUUACAAUAAACAAGAUUUAUUUUUAAAAUCUAGCAUUAUUUCAAUAUCAACUACAGCAGAAACAAAGUAUUGCUAGAUUUUUGUCUUUGAAGUUUUUUGUUAAUUUCUCACCUGGUAAUAUCAGAAUUGAACUGUAACAUUGCUUUGUUGACAGGAAAAUGAGGUGUGUUACAUCUAAGUUUGGAUCUAUAUAAAUAUAUGUGUAAGUACAUUUGUCAGUGUAGAUAUGUUUAUUAAUAAACUUUAUCUGCACAUCC